GAGGAGGGGAGCUGAGGGAUCAAACGUCUCCUCACUGUGGAGGGAUUGCCUCCCAUACAGCAGGGGGCGAUACACUGUGGCCUUUCUCUUCAGCAGAAAAGCACAGCUGCAGUAAGGAUCUACUGAUGGCCAGUAAGAAGAAUGUAAUAGUAACAGGCUUUGAGCCUUUUGGAGAGCAUGAAGUGAACUCAAGCUGGGUGGCUGUGCAGGCACUGGAGCGAUUAGGGCUGGGUGAGGCAGUCGACCUUUAUGUGUGUGAGGUCCCUGUUGAAUACCAGGCUGUUCAGUACCUGCUGCCAACUCUGUGGAAACAGUACCAGCCACAGUUAGUUGUCCACGUUGGAGUUUCUGGAAUAGCUACCACAGUUACUCUGGAGCAGCGUGCCCACAACAAUGGGUACAAACGGGUGGACAACUGCAGCUUCUGCCCACAGUCACAUUGUUGCAUGGAGAACGGCCCUGACUCCCUCAGCUCAGUCCUGGACAUGAACGCAGUCUGCAGACGGGUUAAUGACUCUGGCAUCGGGGUGACCGUGUCAGCAUCUGAGGACGCUGGAAGGUAUCUGUGUGACUACACCUACUACAUUUCUCUGUACCUGAGCCAGGGCCGAGCUGCGUUCGUCCACGUGCCCCCACUCGGGCAACCCUACAACAGCCUAGACCUCGGCAGAGCCCUUCAGGCUAUCAUCCAGGAGAUGCUGAACCAGCUGGAUGCAGAUCACCAAGACAACAAGCAUGACCACCAGCAUUCCAGUGAAUUACAAACUCUCAGCCCAGUUUCUUAAAGUUGGACGGAUCAAAAACUUAAAUUGACCAAAAUGAACCACUGACAUCUUUGAAAACUAAACUCAAAGUGAGAAGUAGAUUUGUGAUUUGUUUGUGUAGGAUGGAAAUUUGCAGAAUGUGAGACUCACAGUGAUGAAGCGGUGCCUGCAGAAAUAUGGAGAUCAUUUAGUCUAACUGGCUGCUUUUGGCAAAAAUGUCACUGCAAAAAAGUAACAUAUUUGUUAAAUGUGAAACAGUUUGCAGGUUGUAAACAGAGUGCUGUGUGUGUGUCUGAAUGUGUGAGGUGUGUUCAGAUCUCUGCUUCUAAUCUUUCAUAAGACUGAAACCAGCACCUUUGUGAACACUGUGAUUGUUCUAAUGAGAGGGUAUCUGUGAAUUACAGUUAUGCUUAACUUGCUGCGUCAGCAUUUGAACUGAGAUUCUUCUCCUUUCUCAGAAGCUCUUCCACCAAAUUGUUGUCUUUGAAAUGGCUCACUCCAGAGAAAUGCGAAAAACUUUUGAAAUGUGUAAAAACUUGGUAGAAUAGCAUGUUCAUCUCAGGGAAUAUAGUGUGUUUGUAAUGCAGCUUUGUAAGUUAAAAUCAAUGUGAUUAAAUCAGUUCACUGUUCAUUCUUAAUUCCUUUAAAUCAGGCUUUUUCAAAGAGCAGUGUGCAGACUGCUGGUAGCCUCUGAGCGACCCCUAGUGGUAUGUGAGCAUAUUGGCAAAAUAUCACAUUUUAAAUUAAUAGGGCAUGCGUGGUGGCCAAAAGGUUAAAUGCUUGUGCAGAAGGUGCCAGGUUCAAAUCCACCCCUGCCCACUCUAUAUGUAAUGUGGAGUUGUGUCAGGAAGGGGAUCUGGCAUGAAAAAAACAAAACAAAACACUUGUGCCAAAUCACCAUGCUGGACCAUCUACCCUUGGAUCUGCUGUGGUGACCCUGAGUGAAACAAGGGAGCAGCUGAAAGAAUUUACCAUCACAUUUUAAAUUAAAAUCAUAUUCUAACUGAAAAGUGUAUGUCAAACAGUUUUAAAAAGCUCCAAAGUCUAAUAGAUAUCAACAUAUAUGUAUUAUUUUCACUGUUAACUCUACUCGUAUGUAAAUUAUUAUUGUUUCUGGAUAUUUGGGAAGUUAGGUGAUCUGCAAGAUUUUUUUUAUUUAUUGGUUAAGUAGUCUUUGGCUUGAAACAAUUAGAGAAAAUAUAACACUUUUAUUUGUAAUUGUAUAUCGAUAGCAGAAUUGUAAUUGACACUCUCGGGUCACACAGCAGUGAUGUAAGAUGGGUUAUUGAAUAACAACAAAUAAGUAACAAUUGCUACUUGUUCAUUUGCAUAUUACACAAGCAAGCAUAAAUCCCAAAUCAGAAAGGAAAAUCAUAGAUACUAAUGUUUCGAUUUAUUACCUCCGCCAACAAAGUUGGAGGAGAUUAUGAUGUUGCUUGUUUGUCUGUUUGUUUGUGAACUGCCUGGAGCCCACAAU